GAGCAGGAGGUGUCGAGCUGCGGGAUCCGGGCCGGGUGGGCGGGAUGGAGGCCACCUUGGAGCAGCACUUGGAGGAUACAAUGAAGAAUCCAUCCAUUGUUGGAGUCCUGUGCACAGAUUCACAAGGACUUAAUCUGGGCUGCCGUGGGACCCUGUCAGAUGAGCAUGCCGGGGUGAUAUCCGUUCUAGCCCAGCAAGCAGCUAAGCUGACCUCAGACCCCACUGAUAUUCCUGUGGUGUGUCUAGAAUCAGAUAAUGGGAACAUCAUGAUCCAGAAACACGACGGCAUCAUGGUGGCGGUGCACAAGAUGGCCUCCUGACGGCUCAUGGCAGUUCUCCAGCAGCCUGUCGUUGGGGCUCAAUCCUGCCUGUGUAAAUUAUCUUAGACAACUACACCAGUCCCAAUAGUCAGGCCAUUUAUUUCGUGUGCAUUGGGCACUUUUCUCUUAAUUUUAGAGUAAGCUUCUUUUGGACACUCAAUGGACUGACUUAUCCAAAUAUUAGUAAGAAAGGAUCAUGUUUUGAAGCAGCAGGUCCCAGUCACUUUGUACAUAGAAUUUUCUUACAUUCAAUAAAUCUGGUCAGAGGAAA